UCGCUAAAAGCCUGCCCACAGCUCCGCUCCCUUCCUUCCCUGGCGGAAGCACCAGGGGCCUUCAGAUGUCUCCUGCGGAAUUCCAUGGCCUCCCCCUUCCUGCACCUUCCCGACUGAGGCGGCCUUUGCAAAAAGCUGGCCCUCCCUCUCAUUCCAGCCCCGGAGCGGGAGGCGAGGCCGCGAGUGCGCGGACUCUGCCAACUCCCCAGGGAGCACCCGUGUUCGGCCGACAUAAACACGAGUGGGACGCGGAGGGCCCGCACCCAGGAGCUCCCAGCACCGCGCCGCGGGGCCGGGGCUGUGCCUGACCCCAGCGGGGAGAGAUCCCGGCCCGGCCCCAGGCCAUGGACCCGGGGCGCGGCCCCCGCGGCGCGGCCGCUGCUGCAGAAAUCAAAGAUGGAAGAGAAAAUCAAAUUUCAUAUUUGAAAAUAUCAAAACUAGCAUUGGCUUUUGCAAUUAUCCACUCAAAACCACCUGGGAAGAGUUCCAAAGAAUACAUAGAGUACCUUGCCAAAACUGUAUCCGAACAGGAUUUUGGAUGGAAAUGGAAAGUGGAAGUGCUGGAAGCUGAAGUUCUUCGAUUACGACAGGAACUUCUUUUGAACAGGAUCUCUCCAAGAUUCUGCUUGGAAAAUAGAAAACAGGAUACGUCUGCUGAAACUCUUCUGGGUCGGGAAUCUAUAAACCCUACAAGUUACUCAAGCCAGCUAGAAGACUCUGGAUGUGAUGUCUGUAAUGACUCUGCAUUUGAUUCUUUAGGCAUAGCUUCAGAUUUUCACCAAUCUGAGCAUAAUGUCAACACUUCUAAACAUUGGUUGGAAAGAGUUCCCCCACUGAACCUUUGCCGUAGUAGCAAAGAGCAAUCUCUGACUGCUCCAGUGCAGUUUUUGCAACGUUUGCUUGAAAUAAGAAAACUGUCAGAAGGAGGAAUUCUUCAAGCAGACUUCUCAGAGCUUGAGAAUGAUUCUUUCACCAUAUGGAAUUCAGUGUCUCAGCUGCUUGAUGGACUGACUGUUUUUUACAAAAGUCCUAAAUUCCCAGCUCCAAGUUUCCUUACUGAAGGAGUUUCUGUUUUGAUCAGUUUAAUAACUGAUACUAAAUUAUCUAAUCAUGUUUUGAAGAAGUGUUUCAAGAAGAUGGAAGAAUUUAAGAAAAAUCUAAUUCAAAUUAUUUUAAGAAAUAGGAGUGUCAAUAGGUUUCAGGCACUGCAUUCUGUAUCACAAACGUUGGGUUUGCUGGGAAGGAACAACAUACUAAGAAAUUCUUUAAUAUCGCUUCUCCUAUUGGAAGUCCGUCAGUUUGCUGAGCAGUUGUUGCAGGCUCACCAGGUCCAGUCUGUGUACGACAUCACCCAGUAUGAGAAUAUUUUUCUUUUGUGCAUGAUUCUGGAACAACUUCUUCAAAAUGAGACACAAGAAAGUAACAUUUCAAGCUCAAACUAUGGAGGAGAAGAAAAAAUCAAAUUUCUGAAGAACCUUGAUCAAAUUAUUCUCCAUCUCUCAGAUGAAUUCCCUUUGUUUUCUUUAUAUUUAUGGAGAAUUGUAGCACUUUCUCACCAGCAAGCUCUCUAGGCCACUGGAAAAGCAAUGGAUAUAUUUUGGGAAAUAUAUUCAUCCUUGGUAAGUUUUGAAGUAACUGCUCACUUGAGACAUGAUUUUUGAAAUUUUUUUCACAGCAUACAGAAAGAUAAGGGUUUGUAUCCAGAGAUGGCACAACUACAUGGCACUUAUGCUCUGACAGGGAUUUGGAACAGUUGUGCAGCUUUGGAAGUGUUGAGGCAGAGUGAGAGUUCCCCUUACAAUGCCAUUGUAGCAAUCUAGACACACACUCGCCUCUCUGCAAAAGUGCUGUUAACUGGUCACCUGGGCUCUCUUUAUCUCCUUAAUGCAGAAUUAAAUAGGGCAGUGAACCAUAUUAAUGAACACCUCAGCUUUGGUGGGGGCAAUAACCCCUGCAAUCAGAAUACUUACUAGAUUGUUGUCUCUUGUUUCUUGGAGAUUUUUCACUAAGAGGGGACUUACCUCAAGACAAAAAUGCCAAAGGUAGACUUGUACAUUUAGAUGUCUCCAUGUGGUUGGGAUAUCUAAUCUAUGAAACACUUGAAAAGUAACCCAGUGUUUUGGUCUGGGUAUCUAGCUGCUGCCCCAAAGGACUGCAGAUCUUCUUUAAGUCCUGUGUCACAUUUUCUCUCUUCAUGUAGAUGCCUCUGAUAUCCUGGAGCAUCUUUAGUGGCACUGUCACUUAAAUGUGUCUGCUUAGGCAACUGAAUUGUGGUGAUAGCAGAAGCUUAGAUAUGUACCUCACCACCACAAACAUGCAUUUAGGUCUCUUAAUCUGAAAACUAAACCCCACAUUUGUGAUACCUUAUAUGUUUUAGAGUAGGAAAUUAAAAUAAGUUUAAAUCCCUGCUCUUCAGACAAUUUCUGCUCUUAUCCAAUGACUGUUAGAUGUAACUUGAGUAAACACCACUGUCUUUAGUUUUGAAAUUAACAGGAUGACUGAGACAGUCCCUGGAGAAUUUACAACUAGGUUACAAGAAACCUGCCUGCAUCUUGGACUUAAACUAAGUCUUCAGGUACUUACUAAGUAGGUAUGACCAUGUCCAAGUUUUACUUGUGUGGCCUCCAGAGAGGAAUACCAAAUCCAGAGAAAGUACCUGUGCUCUUUGCUGAGUGUAGACUAUUGGAUGUCUCAAAAGAACAAUCUCAAGGUCCGAUGUGCUGAGCAUAACAUCUCAUACACUUAAAUAGGAAACACUGAAAAUAGUUUGGUCAGACUUGUCAUUGCUGUCUGGAGUAUUUUACCUGAGUUACCCUUACAGUUUUAAAAUGAACAAUCCAAUGAUAUUUCUUUUUUCUUGCACAUCUCUUUUUUUGUAAACACAUGUACUUUAGAUGUUGGCAAAAUGUUAAUGUUUUGCAAAUGCAAAUUGUUCAGCCGUAUAAAUACAGAGAUAUAUAUAAGCGCACACACACAGUUAAAUUACAUAUUUAUAUGGUUGAAUUAGCAAUGCUUAUUUAUUAGUAGCCUAAUAGCAGUUUAUUAUUUUAUAAUUUGCUGUUCUGCCACAUUCUUAGCUUUCUGGGUGACUGAUUUUCAUGCCUGUCUCUAUCUGUUUUAAAAGAAUUUUGUGGUAGAGUGUCUCUUUUUAUGAAAAUAGAAAAAUUAUGAGACAAAGAAAAUAAAUUUUUAUUCUAGUGCUGCUCCAUUGACUGUUCUAUUCCCUAAAGUUUUGCAUGCCUACUAAUGACAGCAGUGGGUGGGAUUUUGAAGUGAACUG